AUUUUUAUGUUUUUGCUAGAAUAGAAAGAAUGAAUACGACAACUACCUGGAUGAAUAGGUUGGAUGCUUCUAUUCAAAACUCCCGACUUUACUCCCAGGAGGCUCAAGUCAGGAGGGUACAGGAUACUUAUACAUCAGGUGGUAGAGUUGAAUACAAUGUUCAAUCCUGGAUCAGGGUUGAACCUAAUACAGAGGUUGAGAUCGGUAGUAUUCACACAAGUCAGGAGAAGAAUAUAAGAAAUGAUGAAGAUCCCACCUUAAUGGAAGUUGAAUAUAGUUCACACCAGCCUAGUUUUCCGUCCGCACAGGUCUUCAUCCAACCUGGAGAUCGGAAAAAUAGGUGGGUAGAGGAGCAUAGGGUAUUCCUGGAUCAGCACAGGACGGACUCCGUCCUUGGGCUCAGAGGAGAAAAUACUGUCCAGGAUAUUUCUGAAGAUUUCAACAAAACUAAUCUAGGUUCUGAAUCUGUGUACAGCCCUGUUAGUUUGGAUAAAUCUUCUCAAAAUUAUCUCUCAGUUAGUCAAUUCCUGGACGGAGAAUACAAGACUGGAGUUGAGGAGAACCAAACCCGCCCGGAACCAGUUCCUCCACCACAUCUUAAAGAUCAAGAAUAUUUAAAUCCUCAUGAUCAUCACCAGAAGAACAUUUACCAACCUCUCCAUUUUACUUCAAGGGUGGAGCGGAUAAACCAAUAUCCUGGUCAUGUUCCGAGCAGCACAGAUUUGUUUCUUCCUGCUUUUGGCCCCUCUCCGAGUCCUACUCCUAAUCUCGCUCCGAGCGGUAAUGAGGAAACUCGUCCUGUUCACGAAUCCCGUCAAAUCAUCACGGAAUCGAAACAUCAUGAUUUAGAUGCCGCUUUAAACUACACGGAGCAUAUAAGUCCCAUGUAUUAUCCUGUGAGUUGCUCAGACAACCUGACAACCUGUGUCAUUGCCCCUCUCCAAAAUGACAUCCAGAUGACAACUUGUGCCAUUGCCCCUUCCCAAAAUGACAUCCAGGUAACAACUUCUGAUAUUGACCCUCCUCAGAAGCAGCUGACAAACCCAUUUCAUGUUCCUCCUAUAACGAACAUCCCGCCGAACACCCCUGCCCUUGGCCUUCCUCUAAAUGACGCUCAGUUGGGACCCCCUGCCCUUGGCCCUCCUCUAAAGGACGCCCAGAUGGGACCCCCUGCCCUUGGCCCUCCUCUAAAGGACGCCCAGAUGGGACCCCCUGCUCUUGGCUUUUCUUUGAAUAACGUCCAUCAAUCAACCCCUCCUACUGAACCUCGUGGUGCGGAGAAGCAAACAUUCUCAGCGCAGAAUUCAAGUGGUUAUGAGAGAUCAUCGGUCUCCCCUCAAUGUUUUUCUGAAAUAGAAAAACUGGUGGUACCUUCUUCCACUCUGUUAGAUAAAGAGACACAUUGUCAGACAUCUGUCUUUGCUGAUCAGGGCCCUUCAGAUUUAGUACCACUGUCAUCAUCUUCUCAGGGGUCACCAGUUGUUGUAGAGUUAUCUGGUCCUUCUCCGGGUUCUCUUGUAAAGGGAAAGCAUCCCACAGUUCCUGAAUAUGGUUGUCUCAAUAGGACGGAAAACCCUAUAUUAAAUCAAUUAACACCAAUGUUAAGGAUGGUGGAAAAAGUUAACUGGGAUUGCCAAGAUAAAAGCAACCAACAUGAGGAAGGACGGUUUCCGCUCCGCAAGUUAGGAGUUGAAGAGAACCCUGGAGAAACAAUUGGACAGCUCCUUGAUAGUAUUGUAGCAGAAGAUUCUUCAAUUCACCAGGUAUCCAGGCAUACUAUGGAGUGGGAGUCAGGGUGUAAACCUCAGUACUCAGAUGGAGAUGAAAGGUUCAAUAGUUCAAUAAGAAAAAGACGACAUGAGACGGUUUCCUCAAAUGAAGAGAAAUCCAUUAAUGUUGGUGAAUACCAUGUACCUGGAUUUUAUCUCAACAUCAACCCUGGGCAUCAUACAAUCUGUUCGUCUGAUUUAUUCGGUAGGUCGGACCUAGAGUCCUCACCACCCUUUGUAACAGAAAAUAAGUCUAGCUUACCAAGGUUUAGAUCUGGUUCUAAAGAAAAUGAAAAGAUUGGAAACCGUCUCACAUCCGUGUUCGACUUAAGCUUGGAUGAGAUCGAGAACGAGUACAGCGGAGAAGAAGAUGAGCUGAGCCUGGAGAACCAAGAACCGGCUUCCAAGAAAGAGAAGCUAAUAGAAGAUACGAUCAUGAGAAGAGGUUUUCCUAAUGAUGGCACUGAGCUGAAUCCUGCACAAAAUAAUAAGAGACCUGUAGGCGAGACAACAGACUUUUCCUGGACUCAGGAUCUAUUCAAGGAUACAGUAGCAGGAGAUGAACAAGAUGAAACCCACUCAGGAGAAACUAAUCUCUUCCAGCAGACUCAACUUAAUGAAAACUUAAGAACUGAUAUGAGAACAGUAGAAGAUACUACAUUGUUCAAAUUAUGUUUCGGAGCAAGAUUUAAUCUAGGAUCGGAGAAUAAUGUUCAAACUCAGAGCUUCAACUGUUCAUCCAACCCAACUGAAAUUAGUAAAGAUUUUAUGGAGUUUUCUACAGGAAAGAAUAAGGGAGAAUCAGCUUGUAUCCCGGAGAUAAGAUCUAGAACCAACCAGGUUCUCUCCUCCUGGAGUAUACAGAACUUAGACUCAUGGAAGGAAAAGGAGACAACCCCAUCAGGAAACAAUCCGGACCUCAGUUCGGGGUUUGGAAGAUCUAGGAGCUCAAAAUCUCUUCGUAGCGUGAAUUCCGUCCCAUCUCUCCCAACUAGAGUAGGUUCAGGAGGGUUGAGUGUCAGCAACAAUGCGGCAGAUUUUAGAAAUAGUGUUGGAGACUUUAAUCUGAGAAGUUCUAACGAAGAAGAUUUGGAAGAAAAUCUUCUUUCUUUAUUCUUUGGAGGAGGUAGGUUGGGUGGUGCUCUUUAUAACACGUUGACCUGCAAGCUAUCUCUGUUCAAUGAUCUCCCGGAUGCUGGUCCAGAAUUCGAGAUUCUCUCCAGUCUAAUUCAUCAGACUGCCCCUAACCAUGUUAUCUACUCUGCUCGACAGGACGAAACCUUUAGAAACAAGAUCAAAUCCUUGUGCGGAGCAGACUCCAACAUUAGUUCUGUCAACUCUACCUGUCUAAUGAACGAUACAAGACAGGAUGUUGCUUACAAGAAGAUAAACACGAUAGUUCGUCCUGGAGUAGAGUUUGCGUAUCAGACCUGUAGGAGAAGGUUCCAGAAUAUGAAUUUAACUCCUCCAGCUAGAUCAGAAGAAUGGCAACUUAUUCGUGUCUCUGCAUACCUAGGAAUGAAUUGUGAGAAUAUGGUUCGGGCCGCUGGAGGACUUCUUAAAUAUCUGGACAAGAACUCUAGUUCAGGGUUGGAUCUUGAUGAUUCUCUCCAGGUUGGGAGUUCAAGAAUAUUAACUGUAGAGAAUCUGGGUCUUGAACAAGUGUUGACUAUGAAUGAAGCGGCAUUCUACGAUCUUCAGAUCUACAGCUCUACCCAGCAACAGAGCGGAUCUAGAGCUGGAAGCUGGAACAGGAAGAGGGAAGGAUUAAGUAUGUUCUCUUAUAUGAAUCGUUGUUUUACUUCUCUAGGUUCAAGAUAUCUGCACCGUAUGCUGAGGUGUCCCUCUGCAGAUAUCAAGGUACUAUUGAACAGACACGAAGCAAUUGCGUUUCUAAACUCAGGAAAGAAUCAAGAAUUCGUCGCGUCACUUAUUAAAGCUCUCAAGUCCAUGAAGAAUUUUCACAGAUUGAUGAAGAGGUUGGACUCUAACCAUAUGUCUAUGAUGGACUGGCAAACCUUGUAUAAGUCCCUAGGAGGGAUGAUAGCAAUAUCUCAGCUCGUCAAGAACCACAAAGAACAGGUUCCAAUAUUUCAGGAUAUCUGUACAGUUAUCAACCGUCAGAUUUAUAAUCUCAGGUCGAUAAUGAACCAGGUUAUUGAUUUCGACAGCUCCAUGAGCUCUGAAACCCUGACCAUUAAACCUGGAGUAUACCCGGAGCUGGAUAAGAAGAAAAGUUUACACAACUCCCUGCCAGGUUUCCUAUCUACAGUAGCUGAGGAGGAGUGUAAGAAGUUGCCUGGGGUUGGAUUGAAUGUCUGCACUGUAACCUAUAUCCCUCAGGUUGGGUUCGUUGUUGCUCUACCAUUGGAUGGGAACCCGGAGAUGGCAGAUUAUCAUAAUAUACCAGAUUAUCAUUUCAUAUUUGAGAGCAAUGGGGCUGUUCAUUUCAAAACAGAGAGAAUGAUGGAACUAGAUCAAACAUUCGGAGAUGUUUUCCUGGAUAUCACGAGAUUAGAAUCCCACAUUCUCCUUAAACUCUCUGAAGCAAUACUAAAGGAAGCUGGAAACCUUGAGACCGGAGUAAACCUGGUUGCAGAACUAGAUUGUAUUCUCUCCCUGUCCAUAAUCAGCUUGGAGAACAACUGGAAGAAACCUGUUCUAGCUGAGGACGGAUCUCUAGAAAUAUUGGACGGACGACACCCUCUCCAGGAGUUAAAUGUAACUUCUUUUAUCUCCAACUCUACUCUACUAGGUGGAGACAAUGGUAGGAUUCAUGUACUCUCAGGUCCUAAUUCAAGCGGGAAGAGUGUGUACAUGAAACAGAUCGGUCUGAUCGUGUACCUGGGUCAGCUGGGCUGUUGGGUACCUGCUGCUGCGGCUAGGAUACCUAUUUUUCAUCAGCUGUUUACUAGGAUACAAACAGUGGAGUCCGUCAGUCUUGGUCUAUCAUCAUUCUUAUGUGAUAUUAAUCAGGUUAGUCAUGCUUUAAAACACGGAGAUAAAUAUUCUCUUCUCCUGAUUGAUGAGUUUGGUAAAGGAACUGCUCCUGUGGACGGGAUGGCUCUUCUCAUGGGUGUGAUUAGUAACCUUGUAGAGAGACAGGAGGAGUCUCCGUAUGCUCUCUUCUCCUCGCACUAUCACGAGGUUCCCUUGGUUCUACCAUCCUCUCCUCUUCUCCGGUAUUUCAAGAUGAAAACUGAAAUAAGGAAGGAAAAGCUUAUCUACCUAUUCCAGGUGGUUGAGGGAGCUUGUGAGAACAGUGAAGCAGCAGAAAUCCUGGUUCGAGCAGGGAUACAGACUAAUAUCAUCUCAAGGGUCACAGAUAUCAUCUCUAUACUCAGGUCGGGUGAAGAGAUCCGUCCUGACCCUGAGCUGAUUAACAUGGAAGAGGUUCAGAACCUUGUAAACGAGAUCCUGGAGCUAGACCUGGAGAACUUGAACCCAAACCUUCAGCUCCAGGAUCCUCUCCAACCUAUUGCACUGAAAAUCAAGAAUCUCAAUCUAUAAAUGGAAUUAAUGAAUAUGCAUUAUUCUGAUGAAAUUUGUCCACUGAUUAAAAUUUUUCUUUAAUUGUUUUCAUCGUUAAUAAUUAUUGUGAAAAAAAUUAAUACAUGAAAUACUUUUAAACGGUUUUGACAGUAUGAAUAUUGUAUCACUGCACUAAUGAACCAGUGCUCUGGAGUUAGGUUUAAUGAAUAAUACAUGAAAUACUUGUAUAUGGUUUUACAGUAUAAAUAUUGUAUCACUGCACUAAUGAACCAGUGUUCUGGAGAUAGGUUUAAUGAAUAAUAUCUUAACAUUUACAUUAAAAAAAGACAAAUAUCAAGGCUUAUUCAAAUAUAAUUGAAAACAUUUGAAAAAUCUUUUUUUUUUUUUUGCGUCUCAAUCUAUCACGAGAGUUUCGUGAGAAGUUAUUUCCUAAUUUUGAUGUUCAUAAAAUUGUCAUCUUCAAAUAUGUCCUUGCCCUAAUUGUAUUGUAUAUCUAGCUAUUGUCAUGUAUAUGUUAUAUCAACUCUAAUAAAUAUGAAUUUUAA